GUUGAUGAUGGAUUCGUGCCGUAUGUUCCAGUGGCGCUGCGCAGAGAGAUGGAAUAUAAGAAGAUGCUUCGUGUGAAGGGAAAGGUGUCGGAGUUGCAGGUAACGCCGGCUGAAGAUAGGCCAAGCUUGCUGGUUCAAGCAACUCAUCUCAGGCGAAAUCUACCCGAAGUGAGUGCUACGGAGCAAAUUGUAUCAGAGGAGAAGGAGAUGAUGGAGCAAUUAUCCGCCAAGAAGACGCUUAUGUCUGUUCGCGAAUUGGCCAAAGGUAUCACUUACACAGAGCCUCUGCUUACAGGGUGGAAACCGCCUUUGCGUAUCAGGAAGAUGUCGAGCAAACAGAUGGAUUUGAUUAGGAAGCAGUGGCAUAUCAUAGUCAAUGGUGAAGAUAUUCCUCCUCCGAUCAAGCACUUCAACGAUAUGAAGUUUCCGAGAGCUGUUCUCGAUACGCUCAGGGAGAAGGGAAUCGUGCAGCCGACGCCAAUCCAGGUUCAGGGUCUUCCUGUGAUCUUGUCGGGGAGAGAUAUGAUUGGCAUUGCCUUCACGGACUUUGGCUUUCGUGCUCCCAUGAUCAUGAUGGCUCUGCAGGAAGAGGUGAUGUUGCCUAUCGCUCCUGGAGAAGGCCCCGUUGCGCUUAUCCUUUGUCCCUCUAGAGAGCUUGCUAGGCAGACUUAUGACGUGGUUGAACAGUUCGUUGCUCCUUUAGCUGCGGCUGGAUUCCCGCCGCUGAGGUCGCUGCUAUGCAUCGGAGGAGUGGAUAUGAGAUCGCAGCUGGAGGUUGUGAGGAGAGGCGUCCACAUCGUUGUUGCAACCCCUGGGAGGUUGAAGGACUUGCUCGCCAAGAAAAGGAUGAACUUAGAUGCUUGCAGGUACCUGACACUGGACGAAGCAGAUAGGUUGGUUGAUUUGGGUUUCGAAGACGACAUUAGAGAAGUGUUCGACCACUUUAAGUCUCAGCGUCAGACGCUUCUGUUCUCCGCCACGAUGCCUGCGAAAAUCCAAGCCUUUGCCACAAGUGCUCUGGUGAAACCUGUGACUGUUAACGUGGGAAGAGCUGGAGCUGCGAACCUCGAUGUCAUCCAGGAGGUUGAGUACGUCAAACAAGAGGCAAAGGUUGUUUACCUCCUCGAGUGCCUGCAGAAAACCUCUCCGCAGGUUUUAAUUUUCUGUGAAAGCAAAUCUGAUGUUGAUGAUAUCCACGAGUACUUGCUACUCAAAGGAGUGGAAGCAGUGGCCAUCCAUGGAGGCAAAGAUCAAGAAGACAGAGAGUACGCAGUCUAUUCCUUCAAGGCUGGGAAAAAAGACGUCUUGGUGGCGACAGAUGUUGCUUCAAAGGGUUUAGAUUUCCCUGAUAUACAGCACGUGAUCAACUACGACAUGCCUGCGGAGAUUGAGAACUAUGUGCACAGGAUAGGACGAACAGGCCGGUGUGGGAAAACUGGGAUAGCAACUACGUUUAUAAACAAGAACCAAAGCGAGACCACGCUGCUCGAUUUGAAGCACUUGUUGCAGGAAGCUAAACAGAGGAUUCCGCCUGUACUUGCUGAGCUGGAUGAUCCAAUGGAAGAAGCAGAGACCGUUGCUCAUGCAAGUGGUGUCAAGGGUUGUGCUUAUUGUGGCGGUCUCGGACAUCGUAUUGGAGACUGCCCAAAACUCGAGCACCAGAAGAGUGUGGCCAUAUCUAAUUCUAGAAAAGACUAUUUUGGCUCUGAAAUCUUCGUUGCAACAGCAGUCGACCGUGCUCAAGCAGAUGUUGCCUAUUGCAUUCACGUCCUUCCCCGGCGGUUGAAUAAAACCAUAAUUUGGACGGAGAAGCUAAUAUUGUCAAGCCGCUGGAUGAAGGAGAUGGGGUAUAAGGAUUCUGGUGGGACCAAGAAUUUGAUUGGUGGGCUUGAUAAACGGACUAAGUGUUUCUAUGGAGACAACACUCCUGACGACGAGUAUGUUGGUCUAGAGCUUGGCCUUUCUCUAAUAAUAUCUCGCGCUACGAGUUUCCAGAACCAGUAUCAGAGCAAGCACCAAAAGGUUAGACUCUCCCCUUCCACAUGCUUUACCAGAUCUUCGGACCUGGAACACUAUUGGUCAUACCCUUCAUCGACAUGGCAGAUACUACCUGGAGCCGCACGAGCAGCUAUUAAAUGGGCUCAGGAUCAUGUAGGCAAGGACUGGAAGGAAUGGACCGGCACUGAUUAGUAACACCAAACCUCAAAGCAUCAAAAUAUUAUCCCUCUAGUUAUUUAGUUCAGUCAGUAGUCAUGUAUCAAUUUUAUAAGCUCUGUUCUUAUAGUUCAGUAGAGUGAUGUAUCACAAAAUAUACGUGACUUGUCAAAGUUAUACUAUUGGUUGCGGAUUAGCAAUCAGAAUUUUAAGAUUCGGUCCAAUGGUUAGACCUGGCGAUCAAAAGGUGCGAAGAGAACCGGGUUUAGUGCGAUAACAACGCUG